GACCGGGGCAGGGCGAGAGAGCGGGGCCGGCGGGGCGCGAUGGCGGAGGGCGGGGACGCGCCCGCCCCGGGCAGUGCAGGUCGCAACCUGAAGGAGUGGCUGCGGGAGCAGUUCUGCGACCACCCGCUGGAGCACUGCGAGGACACCCGGCUGCACGACGCGGCCUUCGUGGGGGACCUGCCCACGCUGCGCAGCCUGCUGCAGGACGAGAGCUUCCAGAGCCGGAUCAACGAGAAGUCGGUGUGGUGCUGCGGCUGGCUGCCCUGCACGCCGCUGCGCAUUGCCGCCACCGCCGGCCACGGGCCCUGCGUCGACUUCCUGCUGCGCAAGGGGGCCCAGAUCGACCUGGUGGACGUCAAGGGGCAGACGGCUCUCUACGUGGCCGUGGUCAACGGGCACCUGGAGUGUGCCAAGAUCCUGCUGAAGGCCGGCGCUGACCCCAACGGGAGCCGGCACCACCGCAGCACCCCGGUGUACCACGCGGCACGGGUGGGGCGCGCCGACAUCCUGCAGGAGCUCAUCAGGUACGGCGCGGACGUGGACGUGAACCACCAGCCGGCGUCGCGCGGGAGCGGGCAGGCGCUGCGGCCGCUGACCACGCUGGUGGUGUGUCCCCUGUACAUCAGCGCCGCCUACCACAACCUGCCCUGCUUCCGCCUGCUGCUCCAGGCGGGAGCCGACCCGGAUUUCAACUGCUGCGGGCCCAUCAACGUGCAGGGCUUCUCGCGGGGCUCGCCCGUGUGCGUGCUGGACGCCGUGCUGCGGCACGGCUGCGAGCCCGCCUUCGUGCGCCUGCUCGUCGACUUCGGCGCCGAUCUCAACCUCGUCAAGGUGGAGGCCCUGGGGCUCGAGGCCACGGGCAGGGUCAAGGUGAACGCCGAGGCGCUGGAGGUGUUCAAAGAGGCGAGGGGCCGCGCCCGGAGCCUCUUGUCCCUGUGCCGCAUAGCAGUGCGGAGAAUCCUUGGCAAAUCCCGCCUGGAUCUGAUCCACAGCCUUCCCAUCCCUGACCCCAUUAAACAAUUUUUACUCCAUGAAAACAGUUAAGGGGCAGCUGGCUGCUUUUGGGGACAGUGUGACUUGGUAAAUGAGUGCCCUGACAGAGCCAGGUGCCAUUCCUGCCUCUUUUUCCUUCAUGGAGUGCACAUAAUUCCCUGCUCCUGUGGAUUGUUUUUUCUCCUCCAGAUUUAGGGUGCAGUGUGAUUCAGUGUCUUAUCUCCUUGGGGAGAGGCUGCUAAACGUGUGUGGGUGUUGCUGGAGCAAAUACAAUAUAUCCUGUAGCUGUUGGCAAAUGUGUAACCUCUGUUACUGAUCUGUGUCACACACACACACACCUGGGGUCUCUGUGGCAUUUCUGUGUGGGGAAAGUGUCCUUACUUUACUCUUUUUCCCAUCAAACCAGAAGUUCCUACCUACAUUUUAAUCCAUAUCCCAUGGUAAGAGCAGAGAAAACCCACCCAGAUCCACGUAAUGGGUCUGUUUUGUUUGCAUCAUGGAAAAGGGAGAAAAAAGGGAUUUAUUUUGAGGAGUUGGGAGAUUUUGUGCUUCCAAUCACAGUGUUGCAUGCAGCAGCCUGGGCUCCUUUGACUUCCAGUGCCUCUUCAUGCCACAAACUCCCAGAAGAGUCAAUUCUGCAGGGAUUCAGCAGCCUUUUGUUGGCACCUCAGGGUCAGCCAGUGAUGUGCUCAGUGCAGAGGAAUCCUUGUCAAAAUAGCAACUUUAGAAGGAUAGAGAUGAUGAUGCCUUAGGAUCUUGGGAAAAAUCUCAGGUGAUAAUUGGCACUUGCUUUAACUUUUCUGAUUCAAGUAAAGUCACUGUGUUAUAAGUUAA